AUGCCUCCAAAGAAACAAUCUCAAGGACGAAGACGUUCAUUAAGAAUACAAAAUAAACAAGAUGAAAAAUCUAAAAGAACAAAUUUAAAAGAUUUAUUAACUAAAAAUAAUUCAAAUUUAUCCUCAUCACAACAACAACCUAAUAAUAGUAAUAAUGAUAAUUCAAUUGAAUAUGAUGGUGAUUUUAUAUUCAAGAGAUCUGGGUUAUCUCAACCAAUAACUGAUUUUGAAAAAAAAUUGAAAACAAAGAGUGAAUCAAAGAGCUCGUCAAAGAGCUCUUCAAAACAAUCAUCAAGACCAAAUUCAAAACAAUCAAAACCAAAUUCAAAACCAAAUUCAAAACCAAAUUCAAAACCAAAUUCAAGACCAAAUUCAAAAAAUUCAUCUAUACCCAAACAUAAACAAUCAACACCUCCACCUAAAAGACAAAAAUUACAUCAUAAUGAUCAAGAUGAUUAUCAAGAAGAAUCAACUUCAUUCCAAAUUUCAUUACCAGUACAAGAUACUCCAAUAAUUACCAAAAAUAAACAAUUUAGAGAACAGAACAAUAAUAUAAGGAGAUCUUCAUUAAAUAAUAGAGGUAAAAGAGUUUCAUCAAUAGGUAAUGGUUUCCAAGCUAUACCACAUGAUCAAAUCCCGAUGAAUGAAUUUUUUAAACAUUUAAAUUUUGAAUUAUCAGAUCCAAUUAAAAUGAGACAAUUAUUAACUUGGAUCUCUAAAAGAGUUUUGGAAGAUGAUAAAAAUAAACAUAUCAAGAGAAAAAAUAAAUUACCAAAUGAAGAAUUAACUGCUUUAAAUAUUGCAAAGUUCAUAAAGGAAGAAUUAGUUAAUGACCUAAGUCAGGGGAAAAUUAAUAUAAGUUGGUGGAAUAGAUUAGAUGAUGAUGAAGAAGAUCAAAAGGAUAAACCUAAUGUAUUAUUACCAAAUGAAAAAAAUUUAAAGAAUUUAAAAGUAUUGGAAGAUUUAAAAUUGAAAUUAGAAUCAUUGAAAAAAGAAUCUGAAAAUUGGGAAUCAAAUAUUAAUAAAAAAAUUGAAAUUCCACAAGUUUCAGAUAAUAUAUCAGAUUCACCACCAAGUUCUUCAUCAUCAAUAGAAUUAUAUAAUGAUGUUUUAAAUUCCUCCAAAAUUUCAAAUUUAUCAAAUAUAGAAAAUUCAACAUUUAAUAAAAUAAAUACAUUAGAAUCAUCAAUUGAUUCUUUAAUAAAUUUUAUUCAUUUACAAAAAAAAUCUCAAAAUUUAAGACAAAAUUAUCAAUUUUUAAAAACAAAAGAAUUAAAUAAUUUAUUAGAUUCAACUUUUGAUGAUGAUACUUUAGAAUUAAUUAAAUUUAAUCAAUUAAAUAAUUCAAAAGAUUCACAAAGCUUACAAAAUUUGAAAAAACCUGAUACACAUUCUUUAUUAAAAGGUAUUUCAAAACUUGAUGAAAAACCUUAA